GACAGAGAGGGAUUUAAAGGGACAGCGCCCCAGCGCGCAGCAGCCCCCUGACCCAGCCGUGGGACGGGGGGCAGAGCAGAGGGGGUAGGGCAGUAGGAAUAUUUCACAACUAAAUCACUGACGCAUGCAACCUUAUAUUCAAACAACUUUGCAGCUGAGCGCUCUGUGGAGAGAGAAGAGAAUUCCUGUGGCAUCCCCUUUGAAGUCAGUCUGAUUAAAAGAUUUUGCUCACUGAAACCAGCAUGAUCUGUGAUUGGGCAUGCCAAGUACCAAGAGUCCCAAAGAAUUGCAAUCUUUCUGAGUAUGCAGGACGAAAUUGAGACAGAAGAAAUCAUUAAGGACAUAUUUCAGAGAGGGAAGGAGUGUUUCAUUCCACAGUACAAGCCCCGGAGCAGUCACAUGGAUAUGGUCAAGUUAACAUCCGCUGAAGAAAUUUCUUCACUUCCUUUGACAUCUUGGAACAUUCAUCAGCCUUGUGAUAAUGAUGUAAGAGAAGAAGCUUUGUCUGGGGGAGGCCUUGACCUCAUCCUCAUGCCAGGCCUUGGGUUUGAUAAAAGCGGCAACAGAUUGGGAAGAGGGAAAGGAUACUAUGAUACCUUCCUUGAACGAUGCAUGCAUCAUCCCAAAGGAAAACCUUACACGAUUGCCUUGGCUUUCAAGGAACAGAUCUGUGACUCAGUGCCAGUGGCAGAAAAUGAUAUCCAAAUAGAUGAAAUCCUUUAUGAAGGUAGCUAAAAGCAUCUGGAUACUGCCGACUACAAACUGACCAACGAAAGACUUCAUAUGAAGGCACAAACUUGUAAUACUCAUACAUUAUUUUUGUAGCAAUAAAAUACACUAUUUUUAACAACAACAAAAAAAGUCAUGUUAAUAAAGACUGCAAUCAAUAGAAACAAGAAAGGGUGACUAUUAAAAUAAAGAUAAUUUAAUCUGA